CACUACACGCGCUCCGCAAGCAUUAAAAGGUGACAGCGAAGAAAUCGCAACAUUUUAGCUCCGUAGGAUUCAUUUCACGCGCGUAGCUUUGCUCGACUGUUGCCACGGACUGUUGCUCGCGGGCUUUGCGCACAGUCUAGGAGCUGUGAGCCGCAGUUGCUCUGGCUCGCCUAGGCCAGCAUGAGUGACAGCGAUCCGUUCGAGGGUGUAGAGUUGGGGGACGACUUGCCAGACCCCACUCAAGAAGAAAUUGACGACUGGGCCACGCUAGACGUCGAUGAGGAUGAGCCAGCCUCUAGCUCGCCUCAUAAACGCAAGAGCAAGGAGGCGGCCAGGCCCAAUGCAGCGGAGCCUGCGCCGCGAGUACCGGAACCCGGAGCAAGCGCGCCCAAGUCGCCGCUCGCGACGCCUGUGGAGGCGCCUGCGCAGGCUGCGAGCAGCCCUGAAGCUGAGGUGAAGGCUAAGGAGAAGCCAGCUGCUCCGGCACCGAUCUCGGCAGCAACAGCCAAGCCGCGCAACGAUUCACCUGCACCCGCACCUCCCGCUCCGAAGCCAGCGGCUGCUGAGGCAAGCUCCGUGGAUCCUCCGGCACCAGUCGUGAAGCCAAGCGAGCCUGAGCCUGCUCCCGUACCUCCUCCCCCGGCAGCGGUGCAAGUCGCGGAGCCCCCGACAGCUGCUGCUCCCCCGGCUCCGGUACAUGUCGAGCCGGAAAUCGAGCCCGCGCUUACGCCGACCGAUGACGCGCCUAGGAAGGCAGCGCCGGUCGAGGACGAGCUGCUUGACGAAGAGGACGACGCCGCGGCGCAGCAGCAACAGCAGGGUGGUGCCGGGUGGGGCUGGGGCUGGGGCACCGGCCUAGGCCUGGGCGCGCUCGGCGGCAAGCUGCGUGAGGUGGCUCGCGGCGCCGUUCGCGACGUCAAGGACCUCACGGAGACCUUCCAGGCAGCGCUCGCUGACGUGACCGGUGCGGAGGACGAGGAGGAGGAGGCGGGGCGGCUCAGCGCGCUGGACCGGGCAGCCGAGGCCGCUGAGGGCGAGUCUGCUGCCGACGCCGCAGGGGCUGAGGGUGCCAGGAAGGGCGAGGCCGAGGACGAUGGCGACCCAACGCACGCGCCGCGGCCGGAGGGAGAGCUCAUGCGGGCGGGCCACGGCGUGGGCGGGGCGGCCGGCCGCGCGUACCAGCCGCCGGCACAAGUCCGCGGCGGCAACGCGGCUGGCAGCGCGCGGGGCUCCACCGGCGGGGCGGGUGCGGAGGCUGAAGACGCGGCGCCGGUCGACCCAGCCCUGGAGGUUGGCCUGCAGGCCAUCGAUGCGCAGGUGGAGCAGCUGGCCACUGGCGCCGCCAAGGCCUUCAGCAGCCUGUGGGGCGGGCUCAGCAGCGUGGCCAAGGUUGUGGCGGCGGAGGUGGCGGCUAGCGUGGCGGACGUGCAGAGCAGCGAGGCGGUGCGCGGCGUGGCGCAGAUCGGCACGCAACUGGCGCACACGGCGGAGCGGGGGCUAGAGCGCGUGGGGCGCACCGCCAUGACGCUUCUGGAGGAGGUGGCGGGCGUGAGUGCCGCGCAGGCCGGCCGCCGCCGCAUCUGGGGCGAGGAGGCGGACGCGCGGGCCGCGGACAUGGGCCAUGAGCCAUCCAACUUCCAGGACUUUUUCUACAUCUACGGUGGCGAGCAGCUGUCGGAGGAGGUGGACAAGCUGUCCAAUGAGUGCAGCCACCUGUGCAACAAGAGCCGCGCCAAGCUGGAGGCCGACCAGCAGGCCGCGCUGGACGAGGCCGUGGCCCGCCUGCUGCCCUACUUCAACGACCCCUGGGUGCACCACUCCUCUUCCUCCGGCGCACCUGCUGCUGCCGCCUCCGGUUCCAACGCCGCCGGCGCUGAUACAGCUGCUGCUACAGCCGGCCAGCUGCACGAGCUGGACGACAGCAGCCGCGAGGCCGCGGAGCGGCUGGCUCACAUGUACGACCCCAUCGGCUACCUGUGUCAGGACAGCCUGGCGCGCAGCGAGGCCUUCCUCAUGCAGCUGCGGGAGGCCGUGGAGGCGGCGGCGCGGCUGCAGGGCACUGCGGCGGCGGCGACGGAGGAGGGAGGCACGGCCAAGCGCGUCAGGAAGUCGGUCGAGGAGGACGACGAGGAGGAGGAGGAGGACGAGCUAGACGAGGAGCAGCAGCGCGAGGAGGCGGAGGCAGCCGCCCGGCAGCGGCCACGCGCGCUGCUGGACUCGUUCCGCGCGCACUUCACCAAACGCAUGGCCGAGGUGACCACGGCGCAGCUGCAGCUGCUGCUUAACCUUGGAGCCAGCCUGGUGGCGCCCGCCCGCACCGGCAGGCCCGCGCCCGACGGCAUCUCCUGGCCGGACAGCAGCGAGCAGCAGGCGGCGCUGCUGGCGACCGAGGCGCGGCGCAUGGUGGCCGACCUAGUCGCCAUCACCGCCGCCUACCUGGCCACGCUGGACGCGCUCCGAGAGACGCUGGCUGUUGUCGCCGCAGCUGAGGCAGCCGCUGCGGCUGCGGAGCCUACCAGCAAGGUGGAGGGCGAGGACGCGGAGGCUGAGGCGGGCGUGGAGGGCAAGGCCAAGGCCGCGUCGGUGGACGGAGCAGGUGCGGCAAAGCCGCCUGCGGUGGCGCCGCCGCUGCCGCUGGACGCGGCGGCUCUUGACGAGCUGGCGGCUGCGCUGCGGUCGUAUUCGGAGUCUGCGGGCGGCUGCAUCAAGAGCCGCUACAAGGGCCUGUUGUACGCAGUGCUGCUGCGGCGGCUGGUGACGCGCAUCGCGCAGCAGGAGGAGGAGCAGGCCGCGGCGGCGGGCCCAGGCAAGGUGGAGGCUGGGGAGGAGGAGGCUGCUGCCACGGAGGCGGGGUCGGGCAAGGAAGUGCCGGGCGCAGAUAAGGCCACCGAGCCGGUGGCAGUGGCGGAGGAGGGAAAGGAGGAGGAGGAGCAGGAGGUUAGGGCAUUGCAGCAGCCGGAAGUCGGAGAGAAGCCACCAGCUGCGGCAGCAAGGGCAGAGGCUAGUGGCCCUCAGGUUGAUUAAGACCAGGGACACCUGCUGGGGUGGUGAAGGCGUUAGGUACAAGUGACAGGAGUUAGUUGCGACGUGUGGUCGUGUGGAUUGAGCAGUUAAGAAGAGGGGCAGGUAGGUUUUAGCAGGUGUAUUGGCACGUGAGCUAUUGUUGUUGAUACCAGGCCACCAUGCGCCCUUGGUGCUGGUACUGGUGGGCACAGGAGCCGUGUAUACUUAAUGUAGGCAGGGCUUGCAUCUAGGUAGGCCGCCGCCGCUGGCGAGAAGGGCCCUAACCACCUCCUCGCCCAUGGCAUCCAGGGGCCCCAAAAUGCCUAGUUUAAACGUUUGGGGGCGGAGGACUCUGCGAAGGGGUAGUUGGUGGGUUUCGGGACUGUAUGCAGCCCCACACAACGAGAAUGCAACCCCCAAAUUGUGUCCAAUCUUUCUCGCCCGAGGGCCUGCAUUGGGGCCCGUUUCUUUCCGCUGUCUGAAAACGCAAGCCCUGGGGUGUAGGCAUUAGUGUAAAGUGCAAGUCGAGCGAGGCUUAGAGCGUUGCACCUUAACGGCUUGGCUAGGGCUGCCCAUCCAAGAGCCUUGUCGAAGUAAACGAAUUGUAGGCCUGCAUGCGGUGUAACGCAUUGAAGUG